AUGGAGAGGACAAUUGCAUGCAAUGCGAGAAGCAAUAGGAACGCAGCAAAUAGAGCUAAGUUGAAGAUGCCUCAUCAUAUUGGUAGCAAGCCAAUUAGAGAGAUUAUUUAUCAAAAGGGCGGAAAAGAUGGCAAACCACCAGAUUUGGCAACUAUUUUCUUUGAGACUCGCAAGAAGAAUAACACGCUUGUUGAUUCUGAAACAAUCGAAAAACAUGCUCAAAUCCAAGAAUUGGUGCAGUCUGAACCGUCUCUUCCUAGCAUAGAGCUUGUAGAAAAAUGCUUUGGACCUCAAAUUCGCAGCCAUGUAUUUGGAUUUGGGGGUGGAGUAAAGGCGAAAGACUUGAAAGGGGGCACUUCCUCAAAUGCUGAAUUACGGUCUGAGCUAUGUUCAACACGAGAGGAAAACCAAUCUUUGAAAGAUUGCUUGUCUACCAUCGAAAAUGAUGUGAAAGAACUGAAGCAGCUAAAAGAAUUGUUAUUAGCUCAACACUCCAAUGUCCAGCCUCCGACAUUACUUAUUUCAGGAGAAUGA